GCUUCGUCCGCUCCUUGCCAUCUCUCUGCCACCCUCAGAUCCCCUCUGCGACCUCUCCCUCCCUCUCCGCGCGCUGGUCUCCUUUCCCCUCGCUUCAGUCCCGUUGGUCGUCCUGCCAGGCAACUCCACCAGCUCCUGCUCUCCCCUCGCCGCUAUCAGCCUCCCCUCGCGACCCUCAGUGAGCGCGUGACACUGCUCGGCGACGGGUCAGUGUGGACCCACUCUGCUGCCGCGCCGUUGACACCCACGAGGCUCGCUGGCUCUCGCUCCUCCGUCGGCGUGAGGCGGGCGGUCGCGGAACUUCUGUGCGUGGAUUCCAGCCGCUUGGGGUUCGCGGAUGGCUCAGGAACUGCCUCGGUGUGAUCAGCUGAUUUUGCUAACGUGCGAAACUUUUUGGCAGUUUACGGUGCAAGAAGUGUUAUUAUUAUAAAUCUGAUAGUGUCUUGGCCUCUGAGUUUCUCGUCAUGAAGUUUUCUGUGGCUUAGAUUAAGCAUGGCGUGCAGGUCCACAACCCCGUUACUACAACUGCUGCUCAUGACUGCUUUCGUGAUCGGCUGCCGCGGACUCCACAUCAUCGAGCUGGAAGUCCCUGACGUCAUUCAGAACGGGUCGCAGUCCUCGGUGUUGCUGGAUUGCAAGUACCACUACGAGCGCUACGAGGAGGAGGGCCUGGUCGUCAAGUGGUUCUGGAACCAUGAACCGGAGGCCGUGUACCAGUGGAUCCCCGGGAAGAAACCCGAGGCCAUGGGCGUGCUCAAGGGUCGCGUGAACCUCGAUUACCCGGCCUCCAAGGACAAGUACAGCCAGCACCGCGCCCUCGAGAUCCUGCACCCGACCACCGAGCUGACGGGAGUCUUCACGUGCCGCGUGUCCUCCUUCCACGACGAGGAAUAUGCUUCGAAAAGGAUGAUCGUCUAUGGUGAGUUGGAGGCCUGGUGUUUAUUUCUGCGUCCUGCUGUUUAUCUUUGGGUGUUUGUGUUGAUUCUUGUAGUGUGUUUCAUUCUGUGUUCCAGAUUCCCGGAGGAAGUUAGGGCGAUAAUUUACAAACCGAGGACGCCCGGGAAACGGCAAAAAAAUCACAUGUCUUAUAACUCAGGAAGGCCCGGUGGCUGCUGGCCGACGCCGGCGGAAUGGCCGAGGUCCUCGCACCACUAUUGCCGCGGAGCCCUCCCCCCGCCCACGCCCACGCCCGUCGUCCGCUGCUCUGAAAGUCAGUCGGCUCGAAUGAUCCUCCUCUCGGCAGUUCAAUUAUGUGCCAAAAUGGCCUACGGAUAUGUGUCAUACACCGGCAUAUCUAAUUCAUUCUCCUCCUGCUAA